GUCUCUACGGUCAUGGAGCAUAACCGUUGCCUAGGAUUCUUCUUUGGCUCGGUCUAUAUUAAGUUCCAGGGGCCAAAGGGUAAAUAUACCGAACGGCCCCCCGAAUGGGACAAACCAACGGUGGAAAACGUGACCACGUCUGCAAAGUCGGAUUCUGACUUAAACAAGGCUGCAACACUGCCUAGUUUAACGACAGAAAGUGAGGAGCAAGCCACAGCUCCCUCCACAUCGCGCGACACAACUGAUGCGCCUAUGGAGGUGACGCCUGACGAUGAACUCAUCCUGCUCUCAGUAGAUUCGGACGACCCUGAGUCGGCUGUUUCGGAGAGUGGUGAUGAGUACACCAGAAGGUUCGGUGGUUUGGCCCUUGGUCAGGAAGAAGGGGGGAUGCUAUCUGAUGAUGGCGAACCCCUCAUCUGAAUGCCACUUUCUUCAAGCAAACCUCCAGCACAGUCAGAGCGCUACGGCUCAGCUCAGGAAAUGGCUGGAGGUAACCACUACGGCCAUUGUGCUUAUCCAAGAGCCGUGGGUAAGCAACUCUGGCAAAAUCAACGGCCUCACUAACAUCGGAGGGAUGUAUGCGCCAUCCUACUACUAGGCGACAACAACCACAGGCCCAACAUUGUGAUCGCCUCGACGUACAUGCCGGCAGACGAAGACCCACCACCACGAGAGUUUGCCAGGCUGGUGGAGUACUGCGCGGGAGAGGGUCUGGAGCUUAUCGCUGGCACAGACUGCAAUGCACACCACCCCCUAUGGGGGAUGCCUACAGGUAACAACAGAGGCAGAGACCUUGUUGAAUACUUAUUUACAACUAGUCUUAAUUUAGUCAAUACAGGUGCCGAACCAACCUUCGUUACUCGCCGAUGUAGAACUAUCAUUGAUCUCACACUGGCGACCCCUGGCAUCAUAGGUAGCAUUAACAACUGGCACGUGUCAAAGGAGGCUUCUUGCUCCGAUCA